UCCCGCUGGACGGUUUCACAGAGAGUGGAGGGCCACCGUCACCUCCUCCACUUCCCUCCCCCUUCUUCUGGGUUGGUUUUUCUUUUGGUGUUAUAUGAAGCUGGGUUGAAGCAGAAAUUGGACGGUGAAAUGGGGACGGAGGAGGACCAGUCGUUGGGACCAGGACAGUGUAACUUAUCCAAGCGUAACAAUUUCGAGUGGGUUGGUGGUGGUGGUGGUGGUCUUCCAAACCUGUCAUGUUUAUGACUGGGUGAGGCCCCGAUCUAUGAAUUCAAUAAUACGGAAUGUGAGGAAAGGGAAGAGAGUACAAACUUCGCUUCGGGUCAUUGGUCUUCGCUUAAAGAUGUAGAUAGCGCAAUUUAAUAAAAUGUAAACGGUUGUUAUUACUAUUGAAUUUUUACCAUGGAUUUUUAACUUCAACAAUUCUGAUUUGCACAGUAAAACCAAUGCAUGUUUGCUGUGAACUAACGUGAAAACAACCAAUUUGUGUCCCAUAUAUGGCCUUUAUAUUGUUGUGAGCGCCAUAGAGCUCUCAGCAAACAUUCGAAAAAAAUAAAACAAACCGCGGCAACUGAGCAGCACUGAUCAGGAAUGUGAAACAACAACCACAACGUAACGUAGUCUUGACGGUCGAUGAGUACUCCGUGUGGUGCCGUUUGAAUUCUCCAACGUACCCAACAGCCCAUGACGUCUGUCCGAGUCCUAUUUCAUGUGGCGAGCCUUCAUGUGGUGCAUUUGAAUUCCGUGACUCCGACUCCAAUUCCUGAUUGUAUUAUUCAGUGUCAAAACUCGGAGAAAGCCAUUUUAUUUUGUGAUUCUCCUGUGUAGCGGUGGAGUGUAGUAAAAUAUUUAUGGCCUGCCGUCCACUUCAGACGCCUUCGCCAACAUUCUGUUAGAGGCGUAACCUUGACUUUCUAUUUGGAUUAUAUUGUUAUUCAGCAUGGCGCAUAAGUACAGCACAGGUGUUGCUGUAGAUGACAAGACGAGCGGGAAUGAGGAUGCUCGCAUCGAGUUGAAGAAAUUCUCCAAAGGAUGAUGAUGUUUAUAAACGGAACUUGUUCUUCAAAGACGGCACGCGGCGCAUUGACUUUAUCCUUUCUUGGAGCACGGAGGUCACCAAGAAGUCUGCACAGGCCAUCCAGGCUCGGAAGAUCUUUGAGGAGAACCUGCAGAAGGAGGGCUUGCAGCUGGAGUAUGACCUGAGUGGGAAGGAAACUCAGUUUGUCAAAGUACAUGCGCCUUUUGAGGUCCUGAGGAGGUAUGCCGACAUUCUAAAGAUGAGGAUGCCUAUGAAAGAGUCAAUUGCGGAACAGCACAUUAAAGAUCGUUUCUCUGACUGGGAGGGUGGACCGAUUGAUAUGACCCCGCUGCCGUCAUUUGGAGCCAAGGUCUGGGAGCACACGAUCAGACUUUUUCGUCGUAUUCUGGUGCCCUUCCAGUAUGACGAGACCAUGCUGCCACCACUACGCCGCUCGUACACCUGUCCGUACUCUGCCAACCGGGAGUAUCUGUUUGAAAUCCCAAAGAACAAGGACGAGCUGUUCUCUCAUGCGACAAGAAGUUGGGUGGUAGAUUACAUCCUGAGAAGGAAGCCGUUUUCUGUCUCAACUGACAACUUUGCUUACGGCGUCAACAAAAUGAUCAAGGACCAGAUUUAUACAGCUGCCUUUCCACUGCACGAGGGUCACUGGAAAACUGGUUCUGCUGAGAAUCCAAGAAAAAUCCUCUUUGAUCAUUGGGCUCACUGGCGGAACUGUCUCAAAUUCCAGCCCCUCGGACACGUCAGGUUGUACUUUGGUGAGAAGAUAGCCCUGUACUUUGCCUGGCUGGGAUUCUACACCACAAUGCUGGUGCCUGCCACAAUUGUGGGCCUGGCAGUUCUCAUCUACGGACUGGCCGUCAUGGGCACUAAUUUGGCCAGUAAAGAGCUGUGUGAGAGUGAUGACAUCAUCAUGUGUCCACUGUGUGACAAUCACUGUCCCUAUUGGAGGCUCAGCGAUGCCUGUUCGCAUGCCAGAGCCAGUCGAGUCUUUGACAACGGAGCCACUGUGUUUUUUGCCAUCUUCAUGUCGUUAUGGGGUACACUGUUUUUGGAGUUCUGGAAGAGAAAGGAAGCCACCAUUCAGUACAAGUGGGACCUGACCACCUUUGUCUCUGAGGAGGAACCGCCCAGGCCUGAAUACUUGUCGAAACUGGAAAACUGGCACACGAUGAAGAUCAAUCCUGUCACAGGGCUGAAAGAGCCUCACCUUCCUUUCUGGCGCCGCAGGUUUCCCAUUUUCCUGUGCUCGUACUCCAUCAUGUUGCUCUUGGCUGCAGUGGCUAUCUCGGCAGUGAUUGGCGUCAUUGCUUACCGUGUGUCCAUGCUGGCCGCCUUGAACCUGAUCCCCAACGAGGUUGGGAACGUUAACUCAACAGUUGUGACCACCACGGCCGGCCUCAUCUACGAAAACGCCAGUCUUGUUACCACGGUUACCGCUGCACUCAUCAACCUGGCUAUCAUCAUCGUCCUCAACUUGGUCUAUGGCUACCUGGCCUUCUGGCUCACUGACUGGGAGUGUCUGCGCACACAGACAGACUACGACAACAGCAUCACCAUCAAACUCUUUGCCUUGCAGUUUGUCAACUAUUUCGCCUCCAUCUUCUACAUCGCCUUCUUCAAAGGACAGUUUGUUGGGCGACCAGGCAAGUACAGGACAAUCUUUGGCGGCCGUCAAGAAGAGUGUGAGGCUGGUGGUUGCCUCAUAGAGCUGUGCAUUCAACUGGCUAUCAUCAUGGUUGGAAAGCAACUGGUGCAGAACAACUUUAUCGAGAUUGUCUUGCCGAAAGUCAUCAAGUUUAUUAAAAGGAAGCUGUCGAAAGAGACGAGGGAGCAGAAGUUGGGGCGGACCCCAUGGCAGAAGGAUUCCCUUCUGGACCCUGCACAGUCCAUGUCACUCUUCUACGAGUACCUGGAAAUGGUACUCCAGUUUGGUUUCCUCACAAUUUUCUGUGCUGCCUUCCCCCUGGCUCCUCUGUUUGCUCUGUUGAACAAUAUCAUUGAGAUCCGUGUGGAUGCCAGCAAAUUCAUCACACAGCUCCGCAGGCCUGUCGGAGAUAAAGCCGCAACCAUAGGUAUCUGGUUCAGCGUGCUGUACGGUAUCUCAAGAAUUGCUAUCCUCACCAACGCGUUCAUCAUUGCGCUGACGUCAGAGACCAUCCCCCGCCUGGUGUAUCAGCUACGGUACAGCGACGACGGAUCCCUGGCCGGCUACGUCAACUUCACCAUGGCCCACUUCAAUGUCUCUGACUUUGACGACGCUCACAGACCAACGGACAGGAGUCUUGGAGAUGUGGGCAUGUGCAGGUACAAGGACUUCAGGAAUCCCCCGUGGGAAGAUAAAGACUACCGUAGAUCCUCCCACUUCUGGCAUAUCCUGGCCGCCAGACUGGCAUUUGUGUGUGUCUUUGAGAACGUGGUGGUUGUGGUGACAAGCCUCAUCGCCUGGCUCAUCCCUGACGUGCCCUCGGUGCUGAAGGAGCAGAUCCGGCGAGAGGCGUACAUCACCAAUGAGAUUGUGCUCAAGACAGAGCUGCGGCGGGCCCACGGUGAGGAGGUCACCGAAGACAUGGUGUCCUCCCUCACCACGGAGGAAACAGAGCGCUACUCGCCUCGGCUCAGCGAGGACAUGGAGGUCACUCAUCGCAGGCCCGGUGCCACGGCCUCUGACCCCUCGGACCCAAGGACUUAUGUGUGAGGAGGAUUGUGAGACUGAGGAGACCUGCUGGAACAGAUGGUAGCCGCUUGCUAGGAGCUUUUCUUUACAUAUUUCUUUCUGCUCCUUGUCAUUUCUUUCGUCGCAAACUUAAUUCACAGUUGGGGAGUUUUCCAUGGGUAGUCCAAUGUUCUACAGAGACCGUCUGAUAAAGUCUUUCUUGAAAAAUUCAAAGUAAAAGUUGUUAUAGAUUAUUUCCACAUUUAAGUGCUUGUGAAUUAGGAGUCUGGCAUCUUUCAUUUCUGAACAAGGAAAAAUUUGCUGGAAAGGUACCAUAUAUGCUAACUCUGUUGUUAAAUGUUUUGUAAAUUUCUUCAUCCUCUUGAGAUUAAAGGUCUUACUGGACAAGGGUUCUCAUCUAGUGGGCCACAUGGCAUCUUGAUCUGGGCUGUGAACUUUCUGGGCAUCGUACUUGCUCUAUUUUUUUAAUCUGUAGUUGAGGACCCCUGUUGUAGGUGCAGUCAAUCCUGUCCAUAACGGUCAAUCAAGAUCACAGAGAAGAGUGACCAUAUAUAUAUAUGGUCUCUUUGGACAGGGCCUGCAUUUUGAUUGUUUACCACACAAGAUGAAAAUGAAUUACGUGUAAACCUCCGAAAGAACACUGGCUAAAGCAAGAGAUUCCCUUCCAAGUUCCCACCCUCGAUACAGCCGUCAUUCACAAAAUAUAUAAGAGAAAACAAAUCAACACAAAAUUUUAAAACCCUGAAACAGGCAGCUGAGGGCCACUAUAAGACUCGCACCACACUGCCUAUCAUAUUGUGACUGCAUGACGUUUACUGUGAGGUCAGUAGCAGUGUGUUAUUAUUGGCUCUCACAAAAAGUAUGGGCAGUGGCAGUGCUCUCAAUUCAUUUGACACUUACACAUCAUUGGGUUACUGCUGCACACCAACCCCCUAUUGUUUAGUAGUGCCAAGCCAGGCGAUAAGUCCAGCUGCUGCUGUGCAUUGAUUGAACAUUCAAUCUUAGUCUGAGAAUGGAUUGGCAAAAAAAAUUUUUUUGUUGCAAGUGACCGCUAUGGGCAGUUUUUGCGACCUACUUGUUCUGAAAAUGUCGGACCGUGACCUCGUUGGACAGGGACCAUUAUUACCAGGUUAACAAUAUAGAAAACACACAGGGGUAUUGGGGAACUGUGGCUUGUUGUACAGGUAACGGCUGUGAAGAGGUAACCACUCUGGUGGGUUGGACCGUAGUCGGGUAUUGUUGUCUUUUUUUCAGCUUUUUUCAGUGAAACCAUAUCUUUCGUUGUUUUGGUCUAUGUGACUGAAAUUGUGUUACAUUAUGUGUAGGUUCUGUCUUUAGAAAUUGUACAAUUUGUUGAACAAGUCACUUGAAUUGUUGUUGCUGUCAAUGCAAAGGAAAUUUUAAUAGUCCGAUCAGGAAUUACAUUUCUGACUUUUAGCCUGUUAUUAUACUCACAAAGUGCAACUUUUUAUUGAAUGUAAAUACUUCUAGUUGAAAGAUCAAAUGCACCACUGUCAGUCAUUCUCGUCUCGAGUUGAAAACAAUGGAGUUAGUUUGGAUAAUAUUAAUUUCGCUACUGCUUUUAUGGUACCUCCUGACCUUAUUGGAAAAAAGGUGAGUUACUAUAAAAAUAAUUUCUUUGUUUAAAUUUUUUUCUAUGACCCAUGACAUGGUCUUUGGCAAAGUCAACUGUUACUGUUACAUGUAUACUCAUGAACAGGUUUUAGAAGCCUUGGCGUUUCUCCUCACUGGAGUAGAAGACAAAGACUGCUGGUCCGGGUCUACCUCUUCAUAGUUCUCUGUAUGUUAUUCUUUGUGAACAAAUCAAUGUACAAGUAACUAUUUAAUUUAUAUAUAUAUUUUAAAAGUUAGCCUUUGAUCACAGAAUGCAAAUUUGUUCUUUUCUGAAGAGUGAAGUGAAUGAAUGAGUUGGAGCCAUUGGUAUUGUUGGGGAGUCAAAGCAAUUUGUCUUUUGAUGGAAUGCCCAUGAGUUGAUAUUAUUAUUUUCUGUUGCAAUGUUUUUUUAAAAAGUUGUUUUCAUAUAAUGAGAUAUGUUCAAGUGUGAGUGUACGAUUUUGUUCUAUGUUGUGUACUUCUUGUGGCUUUUAUACUUUGCCUCUCAUCGUUGCGUGGAAUUUUUUUCUCCUAAAGCUGCAUCCUGACUGAACUAAGGUGUUUUGAUUUUGUUUCAUACCUAGUACCUGUAAUUGAAUCAGUGGGGAGGAAAAAUACUUUUGUAAGGUACGCUUGUUGGAACCAUUUCCCAUUUGUUUGUUCCAAUUUUUUUUUUAAAAUUUGGUGAAGAGUAAUUACAAUUUUUUGGAAAGUAGGGUGAGAGAGCUUUCAUGAUCCAUCAUAUUUAAAAUGCUUCUAAGUGUUAAACCAUUUGUAUAUCACUCUAUCUCUCUAGCUUAAAGUAGAUUUUUACACUGCUUCCACCUAGCCUACCAUGGUCACGAUUUAAGACAAUACGCUUUAAAAAAAAUUCUUCUUUUCCUUUAUUCACUUUUCCGAAUCCUUUUAGGCAGCACCAUUUCUUGCUACAAGUGUUUUUGUGUUUUUACUGGUCCACCUAGCAUUUAUUUAUCUUUUUCUGAACUUGUCUAAUGGGUUAUCCUUGACGUCCGUAUGUGAAAACGUGUUUUGGUCGAGACAUAGCUCUUGUGCUGGCACAUAUGAUUUUCAUUUUGAAGAUAUCAUCAGAUAUAUCUUGCUUUUCGCUCUCUAUCUCUUUUUUUUUUUAUCUUUCACUCUUUCUCUAUCCCCUCAGUCUUUCCCGGUCCCCUAGCAUGUCCUCCUUUAUGUGUGUUGACUGCUUGUAUAAGUGUAGGUUACUGUUUCUUCUAAUCUUUGUGCUAUAAAUGUUUGAAAGUAUUAAAGGUUAACAUAAACAUGUACUCUAUCGGGGAUAAUUAAAAUUACAAUCAGUCUUUAAAACAAAAACAAGAUAUAUGUUGAUAUAUCCUUCAAGGUUUUCAAAUGCUUUGUAGAAUACACAAGCGACCAUGUAUUUUUGUAUGAUUUUACUGCUUGAAAAGACAAAUCAAGUUUUCUUUCUUUUUCUUUCCUUGAAAAAUAGACCUGUGUCUAUAUUUUAUGUUUCUGAUUGACACUGCUGGGGUAGACUUUCCUUCUUUACAGUGGGAAGAGGAAAGGGAACAGAGCUCAUUUCUUACAAAGAAUUGUUUUCUCUUCGAUGCCAAAUGAAUUAUUAUUAAUGGAUCCUCACUACCUUCUUUCAGCAUGAAAACUUUCUUUUAUUAGCUAACUUUUAACAUGGCAGGAUCCAUUGUCAAUAUCAGCACCUAUUUUUAUUAUUAUAGUUUUUUAACAGUGUUACUUGGUAACAUAUCAUAGAACUCAGUCUUUGUAACAUACAAAAAAUCAGUGUCGCUGAAAAUGUGGCAUGUUGGUGCAUGAUUCUUAAUAGCUUGGUAAGUGUUGCUACUAAGUUUUCAAGCUGGUCUGCCCUUCUUCACAGGGCACACUAAUUCAUGUCCAUUACUUUUCUGUUUCAUUAUGUGUCACAACACUUUACACAGCUUAAAAAAUGCUCAUAUUAUUGAGUUGUGAGAAUGAACCCGUAGAAUAAUUGCCCGGUUGUUUUCCUUCAGUCAUUUAGGCUAUUUGGAAAAUAAAUUAUAAACUUUACUAGAGGUGCAAAUGUUGUCCAAGAAUGUCUAAUGUUUUGUAAUAUACUUAUAACUUAUAAACACAUUUACUCUUACAUUGAGUUACUGACCUUGAUAAAUUUAAACUCAAAGAAAGUCCAGACUGAUUUGACAUAUUUUGUUUUACAUUCUUGCGGUGCAUUUUUACAUUUUUUUAUUUUUUAAAAACAGUUUUCUAUGUCAUAAUGCAGGUGUAACUGAUUACUGUAUGAAUGAAAUGUGAAUGCUGAUUAUUGCUUGUGACUGUUGUUCUUAUCUAGGGCAAAAUGUAGCAAGUUGCAAAAUUUGGACUCGCAAGAAUUGCCGUCUGCGCUCAAGAGCUGUUGCUUAUUGUAUUGUUCCUCAGUUUCCUGAUUUUUUAAACUGUUUUUACCUAGUGUACCUUUUUUCUGCUUUCUUCAUUCCUGUGUGAUUGAGUUGUAUGUGAUAUUGCAAUGCAAUGGCAAUGCUUCAUGACUUUAUGGUGCGAGACCCUUUUCUCUAUUGCAAGUUCACGAAAACUUAAAAAAUAUAAACUUGCUACAUAAUGAAAUGAUAUCAUAUAGCCAGACUGGAAAA